CUUGGAGGGGAAAAGAGAGCAGAAGAGCUACAAAGCGGUUUUGGAAAAUCCCAUGCUGAGGUUUUCGGGGCUGUACCAGGAGACCUGCUCGGACUUAUACGUGACCUGCCAAGUCUUUGCAGAAGGGAAACCCCUUGCACUUCCUGUCCGGACCUCCUACAAAGCCUUCAGCACCAGGUGGAACUGGAAUGAAUGGUUGAAACUGCCGGUCAAGUACCCAGAUUUGCCAAGGAAUGCUCAAGUGGCCUUCACCAUAUGGGAUGUCUAUGGACCUGGCAAAGCAGUACCAGUUGGGGGAACGACAGUCUCACUCUUUGGAAAAUAUGGGUAA